UGGGGCCUUUAAUUAUUCUGGAGCGUUAGAAUCAGAUGCAUGUGUAAAGCAAAAGCCAGCACAAUGCUUCAGUGCCAGGGUAAAGUGAAAGCCAACAGGAUUCUCCCCUUUUCUUUCUUCUUCUUGAUCCAAUAUACCUAUCUUGCUCGAGGAACAAACAAUCUCCAAACCCUUUGUACACUCCAUAAAAGCACACAACGACCUCCCAAAUCUAUAGCAGACUAAAGUUUCAGACAUCAAACUAAAAGGCCUGAGAUGAUGCAAGGUCUUGCCAAACUACGCCAGAAGUUUGGCUACAUAAGCCCUCCUUGCACCCAGCAAGAUGAACAUGCCACCAAGGCAACGGUUGUCAUCUCCCGAAAGUCCAGAUGGCAAAAACCUGGGAAAAAGACUACAUUCCGGCUCUAUAGCAGCUCUCAUGUUGAUAUCAACACAGGCAGAGGCAAGCUAAGUCCUGGAGAAGUAAGCCUUAGAAAAGGUAAAAAAACGAAGCAUGGCAGCAUCGACACUUUGACAUACCGGGUCUACUUCAUCCUCGAGCCAGAUUUUGGAAUACCAGGUGCAAUUGUGGUGAAAAAUGGGGACCGUGAUGAGUUUUUUCUGAGAUUUGUGACGCUGGAGUUGUCCGAGAGCAGCAGUAUCCACUUCGAUUGCAAUUCAUGGAUAUAUCCUUUUAAAAAAACCAACACCGAUCGAGUGUUCUUCUUUAAUACUAGCUUUCUACCAAGACAGACGCCGUUGGCGCUGCAAGACCUCCGACAAGAUGAGCUGAUAAGUCUGCGAGGAAAUGGAAGAGGGGAGAGGAAGGAGUGGGAAAGAAUAUAUGAUUAUGACCGUUACAAUGAUCUCGGAGAACCGGAUAAAGGCCAGGAUCAUGUCAGGCCUGUGUUAGGGGGAUCCAAGGCAUACCCAUACCCUCGCAGGGGUAGGACAGGGAGACCUCUAUGCAGUGAUCGGGCGACCGAGACUCGGAACAAAAUCAUCAACCUCGACUUCUACGUCCCGCCGGAUGAGCGCUUCAGCCCCAUCAAGCUAUCAGAGUUCAUAUCGAAUUCGAUCCAAGCUGUCGUGCACUUUGUCAUCCCUGAGUUGAAGUCAUUGUUCCAAGGAGAUCUCCUCAACUUUGAGUCAUUGGAUCGGAUAAAAAGAGACCUCUAUUAUGAUGAGCGGAACCGUGUCAUCGAAGGUAUAGUAAUGGAGAAGUUGAAGGUUUUUCUUCCAAAUGAUCUCUUCAAGGAAGUCAAUAAAGCGAUCAAGGAACAUCCAAUUAAAUUUCCAGUUCCCCAGGUGAUUGCCGCUGAUGACAAUGCAUGGAGGACUGAUGAAGAAUUUGGAAGAGAGAUGCUUGCUGGGCUAAACCCAGCUGUUAUCCGAUGCUUGGAGACGUUUCCACCUGUGGGUAGAGGAGAGAGACAGAGCUCCAUUACUGCCUCACAUAUAGAAGGCAAGCUCGAUGGCCUAACCAUUGAACAGGCAAUUGAUGAUCAUAGGAUCCUUAUUCUUGAUCACCAUGACUAUUUAAUGCCAUACCUCAGACGCAUCAAUGCGCAAGGGGUGUGCGUAUACGCAUCCCGGACUCUCCUAUUUGUGAAGAGGGAUAGAACUCUCAGGCCUUUGGUCAUUGAGCUAAGUUUACCAGUAGAUGAGAGAGGAGAGGAGAUAAGCAGGGUGUUUUUGCCUGCAAGCCAGGGUCCUGACGGAGCACUGUGGCAACUUGCUAAAGCACAAGUGGCAGUCAAUGACUCAGGACACCAUCAGCUUAUAAGUCAUUGGCUAUAUACACAUGCAACGGUCGAGCCCUUUAUCAUAGCUACAAGAAGGCAUCUAAGCACAAUGCAUCCUAUCUACAAAUUGAUUGAUCCACAUUUUAAGGACACCAUGCAUAUAAAUUCUCUUGCUCGGAGUAUACUUCUGAAUGCUGGUGGAAUCCUUGAGAAAACAAUGUUUCCAGGCAAAUAUGCCUUGGAGUUAUCUUCAACAAUUUACGAGAGUUGGCGGUUCACCGAGCAGGCUCUUCCUAAAGAUCUUGUGAAAAGAGGACUGGCCGAGGAAGACCCCGACGAACCCUCCGGCGUCCGUCUGCUCCUCAAAGACUACCCCUAUGGCGCCGAUGGCCUCGACGUAUGGACUGCCAUCCAGGAAUGGGUGACCAACUACUGCGAGCACUUCUACCAUGAUGACCAAGCCAUCAUCACCGACAUCGAAAUCCAAGCAUGGUGGAAGGAAAUUUGCCAGAUCGGCCACGGCGACAAGCGCAGCGACGACGAAUGCUGGCUCCCUCUGGACUCACUCACCAACCUUGUCCAAGUCCUCACCACCCUCAUUUGGAUUGCCUCCGCCCUCCAUGCAGCCAUCAACUUUGGGCAGUAUGGCUACGCCGGCUACCCCCCGAACCGCCCGACCCGGUGCAGAAAGUUCAUUCCGGCAGAGGGGACGCCCGAGUACGCCGACUUCUUGCGUGACCCUGAUAAGUACUAUCUUGAGAUGCUACCGGACCGGUUCACGACGACGUUAGGAAUAGCAUUGAUAGAGGUGCUCUCUGGGCACACCGCCGACGAGGUGUACUUGGGCCAGAGGACGUCGACGACGUGGACCAAUGACGGGGAGGUCCUCCGGAUGUUCCAGGAGUUCGGACAGAAUCUCCGGCGAGUGGAAAACGGGAUUGAGGAGAGGAAUAAGAAUCCGAGGCUGAAGAAUAGGUGGGGGCCGGCCAAGAUUCCUUACACGCUGUUGUAUCCGGAUAUUUCAAAUAUGGGGGGGGAGAAAGGAGUCACCGGGAAAGGAAUUCCAAAUAGUGUGUCUAUAUAGAGUGGGGCAUUUGCUACCGUUUGCUGUUGUGGAUAUUGGGAUGUGAUGAGCUAUGGACUUGUUGAUUGAUUAAAUAUUGUUGGUAAAUUGUUUGCUGAUGUGAUUGGUUUGUUCUUUGUUGAGAUGACAUUAAUCUUGUAAGCUUCUAAUAAAAGUUUAUGGAGUCGUGGUUGGAAUA